AUGGGAGACCUUCCGUCCAGACGUACCCGAAGUGGCAAUGAUUUAACGGAUCAGAUCUUUGAAGGGCCGCUCAAAUUCGAUAUCUUAAGGGAUGAGAUCUAUUGUCAGAUUAUGAAGCAAUUGACUGACAAUAAAAAUAGAUUAAGCGAAGAGAGGGGUUGGGAACUGAUGUGGUUGUCAAGUGGUCUCUUCGCUCCGAGUCAGACACUACUCAGAGAAUUGACACUCUUUUUAAGGACACGAAGACAUCCCAUAGCUAUUGAUUCAUUGCAACGAUUGCAUAAGACAUUGAGGAACGGUCAGAGAAAAUAUCCGCCGCAUUUGGUAGAGGUUGAGGCCAUUCAACAUAAAACAACUCAAAUCUUCCAUAAAGUGUACUUUCCUGACGAUACCGACGAAGCAUUUGAAGUGGACUCGAGUACCAGAGCUAAAGACUUUUGUCUGGAUAUUGCACAGCGUCUGAGUCUACGAACUGCUGAAGGCUUUAGUCUUUUUGUCAAAAUAGCCGAUAAAGUGAUUAGUGUUCCCGAAGCCGACUUCUUCUUUGAUUUUGUUAGACAUCUAACCGAUUGGAUUAGAAAAGCCCGGCCUUCCAGAGAUGGAUCUGUGCCUCAGUUUACUUAUCAGGUGUUCUUCAUGAAGAAGUUGUGGACAAAUACUGUUCCGGGAAAAGAUAGAAAUGCAGACCUUAUAUUCCAUUACCAUCAGGAAUUACCAAAACUUUUAAGAGGAUAUCAUAAGUGCACUAAAGAAGAUGCCGUAAAAUUAGCGGCACUUAUACUUAGAGUUAGGUUCGGCGAAAGCAAAGCUGAAUUACAAGCCAUUCCGAAUCUAUUACACGAAUUAAUACCCAUAGAUGUGAUUAAAAUACAGAAUCCCAAUGAAUGGAAAAAGGCAAUUAUAACUGCACACAAUCAAGAGAAUGGCGUGAACUGCGAAAACGCUAAAAUUUCAUUCCUCAAGUUUGUAUAUAAAUGGCCGACAUUUGGAUCAGCCUUUUUCGAAGUGAAGCAAAACGGCGACACAAACUUUCCGGAACACCUUCUUAUAGCCAUCAACAAGAAUGGUGUGAGUCUUAUAGAUCCGGUGACCAAAGAG